AUGUUGCUAUAGUAGCUACACCUAAGCAGCAUCAGGUGACAUUUUUUAUGAUAACACUCCAUUAAAAACUAACUGUCUGUUACAUUCUAUCACAGCAACUCCAACUAGUUGCUACUAUUCCUGGUAAUGUCAGUCUCUACUGCACAUACUUGAUCUUCUCAACCAGGACUAAUUACUACUUUUCCUGGAAUUGAUGGUGUUUGUCCAGACUCUAUGGCUCGUAGUCUGCCUCUCCUACAUGUACUGGUACGAGGGUAGGAGUAUCAAAACUGGUGGUUAUUUUUCUCAAGUUCGUAACACUAAGAAAUCAUCUCAGCGUUUACGUGAAGCACUAGUUGAUUCUAAUCUCUGUCUCCCCUUGUGUCUACUGACAGCUCAACAGAGAGACUGUAUAGUCUAUAGAGAUGGGAGCCAUCUUCACUUGAAACUAGUCUGCUCCAUGUAUGACAAUUGUAUGGAUACUCUGGUUCAGUUUGGUGGUUUCCUCUCAUCUCAUUUAAGUCCUGACGAGUACUCUAAGAGAGUCCCUUCCCUAGAUACCCUGAUACAGGAGUAUAGGAUGACGGGGGACGUAGCGUUCUUCCUUUAUAGACCAAAGAUAUUCUCAAGCAUUGGAGUCAAGUUUGCAGAGUUAGAGAAAUCCUUUAAAAAUGUCUCAAACGAAAGCAAGAAAUCAAUAAUGAACCGACAGGAGAAACACUUCAUUACAUCAUGUGAGGAAGUCUUUGGUCCAAUUAUAGAAUCAGUCAGACCACUUCAACCGAGCAAAGUCUGGGAAGACAUCAAUUGUUCGUUCUAUGUUGCUUUCUGGUCCCUGUCCUUAUAUGAUCUUCAUGUUCCCAAGGAGCGGUACAAUGAUGAGAUUAACAAAGCUAAAGACGUUAUACAAACACUGGAGAACAAUCAAGAAAUGCCGGCUAGUAAGAAGAAGAAGGAGCAGGAGCGGUCCCAGGCCCUCAUUGAUAAACUGAUGGAAGAGAAGAAGAGACAAGAGGAUAACCAUCAGCUGAUCAUCAGCUACUUGAGAAACCAGAAGGACUCGUUUAUCAAUCCACGUGUUCUUAAAAGUCGUACAUUGAAUCGCUUGUUGCAGCUGUGUAUAUUCCCCAGGUGCCGGUUCACUACUCUUGAUGCGAUAUAUUGUGCCAAAUUCAUACAAACACUUCACAUACUGGAGACUCCUAACUUCUCUACAAUACUGCUACUGGAUAAAUUGUUUUCUGAUGUUUCCUGCACUGUGUCUGCCUGUACUGAGAAUGAAGUCAGAAGAUAUGGUCAUUUCUUGUACUAUUUGCUUGAGAUGAUCGGUCGCUGGCAUAACAGUGAAUCAAUUUAUAUGGCUGAGUGUGCUAAUACUCAGGGUUUUGUCUCUACGAUGAAGUCCUCAGCCUCUGGCAAUGAGAAACUCAAUUUAGACUACGAGAACUAUCGUCAUGUGACCCACAAGUGGCACUACAAGAUAACCAAAUCCCUAGUGAUGUGUCUGGAAUCCAAAGACUACAUUCAAAUCAGGAAUGGACUAUUGCUAUUAACAAAGAUCUUGCCACAUUAUCCAAAAGUGGAGCACCUCUCUUUGGUACUGGAGAGAAGGGUUGGUAAGAUCAUUGAAGAAGAGAAAGACAAAAGACAGGAUCUUUAUGUACUAGCAAUCGGUUAUGCUGGUAUGCUGAAAACACAAGCCCCUAAUCUUAUUCCUGAGACAGAAUUCCAUGAGAAGGUCAUUAAGAAGGAGGAACCCGAUACCUUAUCAAACGGUAAAGAUGAGAAACCCAAACCUAAACCAGCUCCAUCAUCAUCUCAAACGAGCGAUAAACCCAAACCUCCUGAAAAACCCAAAGUAUCGACUAAAGCUCCCAAAGUACCAGAAAAAGUAAAAUCCUCCGAAAAUAAAGUACCGACUCCGCCCGCUACUGAGAAACCCUCUAGUACUGAACGGACUGAGAAACCAAAGAGUAUUCCAAAACCAAGCGAAUCAAAGACAGACAAGACUAGUACCCCAAAAACUGGCGGAGGAGGUUCUGAAUCUAAAAGAACCCCCAGUGCUGAGAGAGUGUCAUCAACCACUACCCCUACUGCUACUGCUAAUAAUAAUAAUAAUGCUACUGCAAAGACAGGAGCAGCUGCUGAUAAAGUAGAGCCUAAAUCAUCGUCUAAAGUUGAUCACAAAUCAACUGAUUCAAAAACCAAACAAUCGGAGGAAGUCAAGACAAGUAAACCUGUUAAAACUGAGCCUGUUUCGUCACAAACCACACCUACUUUUGACGCUAAAAAUAUCAAGAAAGAUGAAGUGAUUCAAGCCACAGCCACUAGUACCACCGAACCAAAGAAAGGUGUGGUCACCACGCCCACUCUUGAAUCUAAAAAAGUGCCUAUGUUAUCUUUAGAGAAGUUACCAAGUGGGCGUGUCACUCGUCCAACUGAUUCCGACUCACCUCGUGGUCAGAGGAGACCACACCCAACAACCACAGGCGGCCAAUCAAAUUCAUCUGAAACUCAUGAUAAAGAUUCAAAGAAAAGAAAGGUUGAGGAAACAUCCACACCCGCUAAAGCGGGACAUGCCUCCUCCCCAUCAACUGAUAAAAAGGUUACAACAACCACAACAGCAGCAGCUGCUACUCCUACUGGAGGAGAAGGAGGAGAUAAAACUAGUGGAAAGACCUCAAAUAAUGUUGCUACACCAAAACCAGAGAGGAAAAGGGAGAGGUUACCUGAUAAGGAUCCUCCUACCAAUAGUGAAGCUGUUAAGAAAAGGCGGGAAUCAGCACCUGGUGACUCUUCUAAAGAAACACCAGCUGCAGCUCAACCAGAACCUAAAAAAAGAAUAAUCAAAGUUGUUAAAAGUGACAAGGCUGAUGUUAGCAAGAAAAGAGCAAAAAGUCCUCCUGCUGCUCUUGUGACUGAAGAAAAGAUUAAGAAACUUUCUACUACUAAACCAACUGCUAAGAAGCCAACCUGAUCAUCUCACCCAAUCCUAACACACCUCCUCCUCCUUCACUCAUCCCUUCAUUUUGUACAUUAUUACUAAAUUAAAUGACACUCUUAUUAUUAUUACA